CAAACUUUGAAUUCAUUUCUAAAAAAAACCACUUAUUUGACGAAGGUAUUUUUUGAGAGCGUACAUUUGGACAACGGAAAAUAAAGAAUAUGCCACAAGUGAAACAAGAACCUCAAACUCAAGGUUCUACGAGCUCAUCUACUCAAAAUGGCCAAAACAGUGAUGCCUAUUUAAAACUAUUGGACGAUUUGAAGUUGGAAAAGAUGAAAAUUUUGGCUAGAAUGCUAACAAAUCCGGACCAACGAGUUGCAGAUGUUUGGAGAAAACGCUUAACGCAAGUUGGCGAAAUUCAAAAGGAAAUUCACUAUUCGGAUUUAUUAGUGGAUUAUAAAGAGGAAAAGAAGCAAAUAUUGAAAUAUUUAUUGAAAUUGAGUCCCAGCGAGGAAAUUACACGCAAACAUUGGAUGGAUCGAUUGAAAGUUGUUGAUAAUAGAAUUAAGUCCUUGCUUGAAGAAUUUUAG